ACCUUUAGGUCACAUGACAUUGUUUACGGGAAGUACGGAACGCCAAGUCCGUCGUUUCCUCAUGCAUGUGUAUAUGUACUUCAUGUGAAUCAUGCAUUUCUUCUAUUUUUUACUUUAUAUUGCCUGCAUUUAGCGCCGAUAAUGUGAAAGUAUGAUUGUGCUGCCAGCCUUUUAUUAUUGUGCAGCAUGAGAUGGGAGCGGCUGUUUCAACAAAGUUGAAAUAGUUUGCAACCGUGUCACUGGGUUUUCCUAAUUUCAAGCGACAUCAGGAUUCUCUCAAUAACAAUGAGGUCGUUGAAUUUCGUCCAGCGUGUGAGUUUGGAUUUCACGGGUACUCUGUUUCCUCAUGCGAUUUGUCUGGGAGAUGCAGACAACGAUACGUUGAACGAGCUUGUCGUGGGAGACACCAGUGGGAAGUUACUGAUAUACAAAAAUGACGUCUCCAAACCCUGGAUGACAAGAACCUGUGUCGGCAUGCUCACAUGUGUUGCCGUUGGAGACGUAUGCAACAAAGGAAAGAACUUUGUGGUCGCGGUCAGCGCCGAGGGCUGGUUCCACCUGUUCGACAUGACCGCCGCCGCCUCGGGGAAAGCCGACUCCGUCAGCCAGCACGAGUCCCUGUGCUUCGACGACCAGAAACCCUGCUUCACCCAACACAUCCCCGCCAACACCAAGGUCCUCCUCAUCAGCGACAUCGACGGGGACGGCCGCUGGGAGCUGGUGGUGGGCUACACGGACCGCGUGGUGCGGGCCUUCCGCUGGGAGGAGCCAGCGGACGCCUCUGACCUGGGGUCAGGCCAGCUCGUCCUGCUCAAGAAGUGGCUGCUGGAGGGACAGGUGGACAGUCUGUCGGUGAACCCGGGGAACGAGGGCCUCCCGGAGCUGAUGGUGUCGCAGCCCGGCUGCGGCUACGCCAUCCUGCUCUGCUCCUGGGCCACGCAGGCCCCCCCCGCCGCAGCCGGGGACCCCCCCCCAGCCGCCGGGGGGGACGGCAGCGGGGGGACGGCCGUCUCCACACCCGGCAGCCCCAGGGAUGUAAUCCUGCAUCUGACCACCGGGCGGAUCCACAACAAGAACGUCUCCACUCACCUGAUCGGCAGCAUUAGCAGAGGUUCAAAGGAGGAAUCUUCCAAAUGUGGGCUCUUCGCCAUGUGCACUCUAGAUGGAACCCUGAAGUUGAUGGACAGCUCGGAGCAGCUGCGGUGGUCCGUCCAGGUGGACCACCAGCUCUUUGCCCUGCAGAAGCUGGACGUUACCGGGGACGGGAGGGAGGAGGUGGUGGCGUGUGCCUGGGACGGGCAGACCUACAUCAUCGACCACCACCGCACGGUGGUGCGCUUCCAGUUCGAGGAGAACGUCAACGCCUUCUGCGCCGGGCAGUACACGUGUAAGGAGGGCCGGAACAGUCCGUGCCUGGUGUACGUCGGCUUCAACCACAAGAUCUACGUCUACUGGCGGGUGGGGUUGGAGCGCAUGGAGCCCACCAACCUGCUGCGCCUCCUGGAGCAGAGGCCCGCCUUCCAGGGCCUGCUGCAGCAGCUGGGGCUGGACGGAAAGGACCCGGCAGCCGUCAGGAAGCUGGUGGCAGACGUCCUCUACAAAGACGGCGCCGUCCAAACGCCGUGACGCGCCAUCACGGAGGCCGGCUGUUCGGACACGCGCCCCCUCACGGCCGUUCAUGUAAAUACUAAUUCAAUGUCUGCCAAUAAAUACCUCUGCAUUCUCCCCCCAA